CCUCUCGUUGGUUUGUGUCUGUCUUUUUGUCUCCCUUAAGUUUCGUCACCCGUGGUCGUGGGAGGUUAUUGUUAUUAUUUAUAUGUUUAUGAUUAUAAUUAAUAAAGAAGGGUGGUGGAAAUGGCUCCUUGUUGUGGAAUAUAUUGAAGUGAUCCUUGCUAUUAUCUUGGUGAUGAUACUGAAUACGCUAGCACCCCUUGAGCUUGCUUAUAUGACACUAUUUACCUCG